UAUAAGCUUAACUAUGCCCGGAGUAAUUAGAUAUAUCGAUUUGACAAACCUCAAAGUGUCUGUCAAAUUAGUAACGGAUUAAAUCAUAACUUCGUAUAUAUACCUCUAAACCGAAAGUUCAUUGGAAUAAAAAUUAGGGAUAAUUUCAGGGCUUCCAAACAAAAGUGGAAAUACCCAGAGGUACUAUCAGUAUAACAGUUGAAUCUGGCUCUGCAGCACUUGUAUCAAGAUUGACUUGUAAUGGCCAAAUAGAAGAGACCGUGUCAUAUGCGAUGGCGAAAGCAAAAUGUAUUGCGGAGUUCCAGAUGAAGUGGCUUUUGAUCCUUACAAGUUAUUAUUAUACAAAAAAGCACUUCGAAAAGGAAAGGAGAGAGAAAAUACACUUCGAGUUAACAUCAUUGGUAAUUACGCCCAAGGAAAAUCGUCAUUAGCAAAGAGACUAAUUGGAAAAACCUGCGAAAAAGUCACAACUACAAAUGGUAUAGAAAUCAACAGAUACAAAUGUCAAACAUCUCCCGAUGGAACACAUAUACUUACAUCCUCCGAAAAUGAAAGUCACGAAUUUGUCAAUCGUCUUGCAACAAUUGCACGCUCGAUAGAACCAACAAUAAAAUCGGAAAUACAAGAAACACAUUUGGAAGGGUGCUUAACACAUGAUAAUUCGGAGCUGGCCACAAUAGAAAACAAAACACAACCAAUUGAAACAAACCCUUAUGUUGCUGAGGAAACUUUUAUAAGCAAGGUCGAUUACUGGGACGAUUUAAGCCGGCAUGCAUUACCGCAACGACUUAAAAUCAAAGAGGGAAAACGGAUGACAUUGUCUGCAGAAGAGAUGGCGUUAUUUUCUAAUAUAGUAGAAGAGGAGAAGUACACAUCUGAAAAAAUUCAUUGAUAUCUGGGAUUUUGGGGGUCAGUACAUAUUUUAUGCCACUCAUACAUUGUUUCACAGCAGGAGAGCCUUAUACCUUUUAGUUUUUGAUUUAACCAAAGAUUUGGAAACAAUUGUACUGGACGAAGAGUAUCCUGGAGAGACUGGUGAUAGAAAUAUGGAAUAUUUUGCGAGAUUCUGGAUAGAAUCAAUACAUUCAUACGUUGGUCCUGACCCGCAGAUUGUACUUGUUGGUACGCAUAAAGACGAACUUAAGGGAAAUGAUCGAUUAUGGAAAGAAUAUUUCGAGAAGGUCAGGUGCUUAUUUGACGGCACUGACCUUAUAUACCAUAUCCAGAAGGAAGACUUUGCUGUGGAUAAUUAUGACAUUUCAGAUCCCGGUAUUGCAGACCUCCUUUCCUUUAUCUUGAAAAAGCAUACAGAAUUAGUACAGCCUGUCGAGAUUCCUGCACGUUGGAUACAACUAGAAAAAGCUCUUAGAGCAUUGAAAACAUCCAUAAUCACAUUUCAAGAUGUAGUAGAAUUGGACAAAAAGAAUACACAUCCCCUGCUAGAUGAAGAACAGCUAAAGCUCUUUUUGCAUUAUCAUCAUGAAAAAGGCACAUUGUUUUUCUACGAUGAAGGCGUGAUAUCAGAUUUCGUUUGCUUGGAUCCACAAUUUUUAAUAGAUGCUUUUAAAUGCAUCAUUACCUCAGAACAGUUUUACAAAAAUGACCCUGAUAUUCGUUCCCUCUGGAAAGUUUUGUCAAAAGAAGGCAGAUUAACGCGUCAACUCAUUGACAAGGUUUGGAUAAACCAACCGGAUUUGAUGAAGCAUAAAGAUGUCCUCCUGAGAUUCCUGACGAAACAAAACAUUAUAGCAGAAGUGGUUGAAUACAACGUAAAUUCUGAAGAAAAAAAGCAGAAAGAUUGGUUUAUUGUGCCUACCUUGCUAAAGGAUCAUAGCUCGAAGGAAGAAAUGCUCCGUUUUCUCUCUGGAAAAACUCAGUCACAAGUUCGAUAUUCAAUGAAGUUUGCCAAGUCAUCGGUUGUACACUUAGUGUUUAAUAAGGCUCUAGCCGCGGCUCUUGGAACUUGGCCUGUCGUUAAAUUUGGCACUAAACUGUUGUUAUUCGAAAACGUAUGUGUUUUGAAACUCAUUAGAAAUCAUGCAGGGCUGUUAGAACAGAGGAAAGACAGUGGAACAAUAGAACUGAAAGUCGUGCAUCUACUGUCAAAACAAAUUGAAUGUCAUCCGACCGACGUGUUUAGGCGUUUCGUUGAAUCUAUUGUGCUGCAUGAAUUCGGAAGGUUGGGGUAUCCCGAGAGGGGAAGAAGCAAACCUUUUGUACCAGCAUACAGAUGCAACCACGCAUAUCAUGGUCCAGGAGGUAGUAGUCAAUUAACGCAUUUCAAAGAAGACGAAGAUGUCAUUUGUCCUGAUAAUGUCACCCAUGACAGUUUUGACAACAUAAGAGCAAAAGCAGAAUGGUCUUAUGAAAAUACGAUUGAUGAAGUAUAUCCGAAAAUGCAAUUGACAGAAAAGACACUCAGUAAAUUGGCUCAGUGUGCGAUAGGGUCAAACUGGUGUCUCCUGGGACCUCAGCUUAAAAUUAAAAAGGCCGAGAUCGACCAUAUAGACGAAGAAAUAAAACAAGUUGAGAUGAAAAUUUAUACAAUGCUUCAAAAAUGGAAAGAUAGGUGUGCUUCUAAUGCAACUUUGGAUCAGUUAGUUGAGGCGAUAAAGAAAUGUCCAGGUGUGAGCAUUUACUGGGAUGAAAUCAGAAACAUUAGAGACGAAUAUCUUAGAAAACAGAGAAAACAAGAAAUAGAUCUGAUUCGACCAUUAUCAAACAAGAUUGUGAAAAUCCAUGAGACAUUGACUUUGGAGUGUGACAUAACCAAGUCUAAUGUCUCAGUAACAUGGCUCAAAGAUGGUGAGCCUAUCACCCCAGAUAGCCGAACAUUGAUAUCUUCAAACGGCGGAUUUCAUCAGCUUGUAGUGAAAGAUAUUACGGUGAAUGAUGACGCCAAAUACACAUGUGUAUACGGGAAUUGUAUCACAGAAUGUUUUGUCAAGGUUGAAGACACAUUUGGGCCUUUGCAGUUCAUAAAAGAACUCUCAGAUAUUGAGGUAGGAGACAUACCUAGCACUGUAACAUUUUUAUGCGAACUCAACGCGAGCCAAACCGAUGUGGAAUGGUACUAUCGAAACCAACGAUUAUACCCGUCAAACAAAUAUACAAUCAUUGACGAAGGAUCUGUUCAUAUUUUAAAAAUCAAAGAUGUUUCAGAGACCGAUGAAGGAAAAUACUCUGUGCUGGCAAAUGGUCUAAGGUCAGAAGCUACACUCUACGUGGAAGAAACAGAAGAAGAAAGAUUUUUACUGGCACAACACCGAAGACAAAGAGCCGAACAAUUGAAAAGUGUAACAAACUUGAGAUCAGAUUCUAAUGUAACCGGUACAGAAACAACCGCAAAUGCACAUGUAUGGUCCGUCGAUUGUAUGCAGAGUUAUUCAAUCAAGACUGAUGGAGAUAGAACAGGCUGUUACAUGACAGGUUGUUGUAUGUUACCUACCGGAGAGAUUCUGCUAUCAGACAGCAACAACUGUAGGCUGAAGAAACUUAAUGGAAGGUAUCAGGUUAUCGGUGUAUGUGAUCUGCCUGGCAGAGCCUGGGGUGUUUGUUACUGUGGUAACAAUGAAGCUGUGUUAGCUAUGUCCGAAAAAAGUCUGCAGUUUGUGGAUGUAAGAGAAAGUAUGUCGUUGACCAGGAAAGUUAAAACAGGUCAUAGUUGUAACGGAAUCAACUGUCAUGGUAACCAGCUUUAUGUUGUAGAUGAAAAUUCGGUCUAUCUAUAUAGUAUUGAUGGUAGAAUGCAGCGUAUAUUGUACACUCAUCAGUCCGACUUUCGCCAUAUUGCAGUUAGCGAUAAUGGCAACAACAUUUACAUUGCGGACUAUGAUACAGGACUUCACACUAUUGACAGUUCAGGGAGUCACCUGUAUACAUUCACUGACUCAGAACUCAGUGGAGCUCGGGCUGUAUGUCUAGAUGAUAAUGGUCAUGUCUUGGUGUGCGGUGCUUGGUCAGCGAAAGUGCUACAAAUAAGUUCUGAUGGUAAACAAAAGCUUGGAAUCAUACCAGUCUGUAAUAAUGAUACUUUCGACAUUAGAACUCUUUACUUUGACAGGCGUAAUGCUACUCUUAUAACUGCAGGUCAUUCUGAGAAAAUAGCUGCCCUAAAGCUCAAACAAAAUAUUAUCUCUUAGAGAUCAAAUAUCAACUAGCUGAGAUGUUUAUCUGCACCAUGUCACUGAGAGUAUUUUCAUAAAACUAUAACCAUUAAUUUUAAGCUAGCUCUACUUGCCAGCAUUUUGGGUGAAAAUUGUCAACAUGUUCAUUUCCACCAAGUUUGGAAUAGAAUGUAUAUAUGACACUGAAAAAUGAAAUAAAUGGGUGAAAGUAAGAUAUUGGUAAAAAUGCAAAAACAAAAUGUAAUUUUUUCUGCACUAUUUCAAAAGUGUUGCAACGUUUUUCUCCUGUUUGCACAAAUUUUCAGUUAUUUAUAUAAAUAUCUUUCAAAACUCUUAUGCCGAUAAGUUUGUAACACUAGUCAUUUUCAGAGUACUCACAUUCUAUGGAUUUUUGAGAGAAAUUAAUUUUCGCCUAAAAUAUAUGGGUUAGUCUCUUUAACAUCAUCAAGAUGACGUGACUGCACAGCCCAUGGCAGUAGAUUCAGGAUCAAGGUCACACUUAAAGGCACAACAUUUUGCUUACCUUAUAUGAGGGUAUUAAUCAUCUUCAGUAAUUACCCUAGUUGUAAAAAUAUAUAAAAGACUGUCACUGUAUAUGCACUUUUAAUAGUACGUGAGUUGUUUAGAAUUACAUUAAACGGUGAUCUGUAAUCAUAGAACAAUUUUCGAUGAAAAAUCAGUUUAGCUUGACUUUGUCUGUUUUUCAUGCUAUAACGGUAAAUGUGUCAGUGGUGUGGUUGUAUAUAAGUUUACAGUAUGGUAUUUCAUUUUAAUACAAAAACCUGUAUACACUUUCAAUGCAAUUAUCAUGUGGAGAUGCUUUCUUACUUGUGUAUUUCAAGGGGUGGUGAGCUUAGGUAACAUCAUAAAUAAGUCAAUAUUGCAUUGUUAUUUUCAUUUUGAAAGAAUAACCUUAAAUAAAGCAUUAAAAUGGCAAUGUAAAAAUGUCAAAAUCAGUUUUAGUAGUCAUUUAACCUUAUGUUUAUUUUAUUAUUGUUAGUUGUACAUUUCAGGCUUCUUACAGUAUUUUUAUUACAGUGCUUCAAGAGGCAACGUAAGAAUAUGGCCUGUUGUAGGAGAUUAAAAAGUAAAUAAUAGCUUUUGCUUGUGGAAUAUAAUUACCCCUGAAUUGACAUUUUCCUCUGGAGAUUGAUUACUAGUAUUAUCUUUCUCAGAAGCCACUAGGAAGUAGUCUGAAAUUAUUUUAUUUGCACCAUUACUCACCAUUUUCAAAAAUAUAUUUACGUGAAUAAAACAACUCCUAGGGCGUGACUUUCAGUAAUUCAAGAGAGCGUAUUAUUACUUCCGUACUCUGACUAUGAAAAACGGUUAUUUCAAAAAUAACAUUUUAAAUACACUCUAGCCACUUACAGUUUUAUAUCCGAUGUAGAUUAUUGAAAAUAGACAUGUUUGCUAAUGUAUUAAGUUAAAAAUGUUAAGAUAAAACUAGCAUUGUGAGGCUUUGUACUGAUUGUUGUUCGCUAAUUAAUAAAUGUUUAAUUGUGUGUUGUUUCAAAAUGUGUUAGAUAUCUAUAACAAUGUUCUGGUGAUGUGUAAAUUAACAGAUGGUUUAGAUAUUUGCUAGCCUUUUAUUUCUUUGCACUGAAUGGUGUUUGCUGAUUAUUUUCAUAUUUUUGGAUGUGUUGUUUCAAAACUACUUUAGAUAUGUAAAGCAAUUUUCUGAUGAUGUGUUAUUUUGUAAGUGGUUCAAAUGUUUGCUAGCCUUUUAAAGCUUUGUACUGAAUGCUGAUUACAUAAGUGAUUGCUGAUAUGUUGUUUCUAAGAUAUUUCAUAUAUCGAGGGCUUAGAGCAAAACUGGUCUAUCUGCUUCUAUUUAUGCCCCCGAAGGGAGGCAUAUAGUUUUUGAACCGUCUGUCUGUCGGUCUGUCGGUCUGUCCGCAUUUUUCGUGUCCGGUCCAUAUCUUUGUCAUCGAUGGAUGGAUUUUCAAAUAACUUGGCAUGAAUGUGUACCACAGUAAGACGACGUGUCGCGCGCAAGACCCAAGUCCGUACCUCAAAGGUCAAGGUCACACUUAGACAUUAAAGGUUAUUGCAUUGAUGGGCGUGUCCGGUCCAUAUCUUUGUCAUCGAUGGAUGGAUUUUCAAAUAACUUGGCAUGAAUGUGUACCACAGUAAGACGACGUGUCGCGCGCAAGACCCAGGUGCGUACCUCAAAGGUCAAGGUCACACUUAGACAUUAAGGGACAGUGCAUUGAUGGGCGUGUCUGGUCCAUAUCUUUGUCAUCGAUGGAUGGAUUUUCAAAUAACUUGGCAUGAAUGUGUACCACAGUAAGACGACGUGUCGCGCGCAAGACCCAGGUCCGUAUCUCAAAGGUCAAGGUCACACUUAGACAUUAAGGGAUAGUGCAUUGAUGGGCGUGUCCGGUCCAUAUCUUUGUCAUCGAUGGAUGGAUUUUCAAAUAACUUGGCAUGAAUGUGUACCACAGUAAGACGACAUGUCAUGCGCAAGACCCAGGUCCGUAGCUCAAAGGUCAAGGUCACACUUAGAUGUUAAAGGUCUUUUUUCAUGAUAGUGCAUUAAUGGGCGUGUCCGGUCGAUAUCUUUUUCAUUCAUGCAUGGAUUUUAAAAUAACUACGCAUAAAUGUGCGACACAGUAAGACGACGUGUCGCGCGCAAGACCCAGCUCUGUAGGUCAAAGGUCCUAAACUCGAACAUCGGCCAUAACUAUUCAUUUAAAGUGCCAUCGGGGGCAUGUGUCAUCCUAUGGAGACAGCUCUUGUUCUAUAUAAAGAUAGACCAGUUUCGCUCUAAGCCCUCGAUAUGUAAUGCUAUAUUCUGCUGAUGUGUAAUUUCCUCAUUGGUUUAGCCUUAUAAAUCUUUGUACUGAAUGCUGUUAACUGAUUACAUGAAUGUUUUUCGAUAUGUUCAUUUAAAAUGUUUUAGAUACGUAGAGCAAAAUUUCUACUAAUGCAUAAUUCCUAAAACGGUUUACAUAUUUGCUAGCCUUCUAAAGCUUUGUACCGAAUGGUGUUUGCUAAUAAAAUUAAUGUGUCUAAUGUAUUGUUUCUAAGAUAUUCAAGAAAUAUAAAGCAAUAUUC